AUGAAUAUCGAAUUGGACACUACUGAACAAUCUCGAUUGAACUACGAAGAACAAAAUCAAUAUAAAAUUCGUGUUCAAUUCAUCAAUAAAACUCAAUUUAUCGAAGAAUCAUAUUUAAUUGAAAUCGAAGAUAUCAACGAACCACCUUAUAAUCUUCACUAUUCUCAUCAAACAGGUUUUUGCACAGUACUCGAUGAGGAUUUCCAUCAAACACUCAAAUUUCAUGUGAAAACGAUUGAAAAACAUCAGAAUGGAACAGAUUUUGAGAUUAUCUGUACUGACGAUGGUCAUCCACCUUUAUCAAUUUCGACAAGAAUCAAUGUUAUAUCGGAUGAAAUAUCCCUAAUGUUCGUUCCUGUUGCUUUGUUAAUAAUCCCAAUUAUUGAUGAGAAUAUAACGAUGGCAAAAUCAAUGCGAGAUAAUAUUGUCAUAUCAAAUUUCAAUGAUGGAGAUAAAACAGAACGACAACGUCGACAAAUUAAUUCUCCUCCUCAAGACAUUGUUUUGAAUAUGUUUCAUCCAAUUGUUCCAGAAAAUGUACGAAAUUUUGAUAUUGCCAGUGUAAAUGUACUGGAUGAUGAAAGAGAUGAAUAUACGUGUUCGGUUAGCACACACAAUACUUCGGAUGAUCGACAACCAUUUGAAAUUGAUAAUAAAAUCUUGCGAACUUCAUUAGAUAUACAGAAUAAUCUUUGUGAUCUUGAUUAUGAAACUGUAGGAAUUUACAAUAUUACAAUAACUUGCAUUGAUUUAAUUCAUCAUUUCACAAUUAUAAAAAACUUCAGUAUUGAAGUUAGUGAUGUAAACGAAGCGCCGGUUCAAUUAACACUCACACCAAACAUUCUUCCGGAAAAUUCUCCAGUUGGUUACGUUAUCGGUCAAUUUCGACCAAUCGAUCCCGAUCUACCUUCACUCAACCAAACAUUCAAAUAUUCGCUUACCAGCGAUUCGAAACAUACCUUCAGCAUAAAAGAUGACCAACUAAUUUUACUCCGAGAAAACGAUGUUCAAACAUGUAUAAGUCAACCGGAUACAUGUCCACAUGAUUACGAACAAAUCAAUUCGGUGUUAGUUCGUGUUCAUGUCGAAGAUACUGGAACACCACCAGCAUCUCAACGCUUUUGGAUUCAAGUUAAAGUUACCGAUGAAAAUGAUCCACCAGUUGAUUUACAAUUGAAUCAAAAUACUGUGAAGGAAAAUUCACCGAUUGGUACAUUAAUUGGAACAUUUUCAGUUGAAGAUCAAGAUUUGUAUCAAAAUCAUUCGUUUACUUUGGUUCAUCAAAGUUCAUCCUUCAAAAAUCAAUCGAUAUUUGAAAUCGAAAACAAUGAACUACGUCUGCUUCAAUCACCUGAUUACGAACAAGAUCAAUUUUAUCUCAUUACUGUACGAGCAACUGACAAUGCAACUUUUCCGUUGAGUGUAAUUGGAGAAUUUAUUAUUGAAAUUCUCGAUGUUAAUGAAUUUCCCCGAACAUAUGCAUUCAUUGCCGAUAUCGAUACUCCGGUGACCAAUGAAACAAAGCAUAAUUUGAUUAAUGGUGUUCAACCUGUUCGAACAGUUUAUUUACCUCAAAAUGCGUAUUUUCAAGCGAAAUUAGGUCGAAUUGUCUUCAUUGUCCAAGAUCAAGAUCAAGAUUUGUUUCUCAAAGGAACGUCGGAUUUCACUGAAUUCGGAUUUUCUACACCAACAUGUGAGAUUUUAUCACAAAAUCCAUACCGUUCGUUGUGCACAUCAAUUGUUUCGGUAGAAAAUCGUUAUGAUUACGCAGAGGAUGAGACUUUUACAGAUCAUCUUGUUAUUACUCCGUUAAUUUUAACAAGUAAUCUCGAAACAAUGACAUUUCCUCGAAUAUUAAGAGUUAAAUUCGAAAAUAUCACGUUGACAAUGGACGAUGAACGAAAGGAUUCCAUCGAUAUUCUCGGAAUUCAUUUAACAAAAAUGACAAUCGGCAAACUCGGUGCGAUUGACUUAGCAUCGAAUAACAAUCCAAUUGAAAAGAUUUCGCUCAAUCCAGGCAAUUCUUCAUUAUUUCCAUUUGAAUUGACCGAUGAUAAUAUUCUCCAGAUCCGAAAUGAUGUAAACAUAACUUCACCAAAUUAUCCAUCGAAAUUCAAUAUUAGUGUAUUGGUAACAACAAACAACGAAGGAGAAAAUCGAACAAUUGAAAAGUUUUUCAACAUAAACAUCAAAGAAAGAGAUGAAUUCGCUUUAAACCUGUCGAAUAACAAAAUUCUCGAAAAUGCACGUGAAGAUAAUUUCAUCGGUUCGUUCACUUUCGAGAACGAAACCGGAUAUUAUACUCUCGAACUGAUCGAUAAUGCAGAUGGAAGAUUUAAACUCAACGGCACCAGUUUAUAUACUGAUAAAACUUCGGUGAAAUAUUGUCAUCUUAAUCACACAUGUCCAUUAGACUAUGAAGAUCAACCGAUGAUCAAUAUCACCGUUGCUGUUUUAGAUCCUUCGACAGAUGAAAUACUUCGUCAAAUUGUUUUUCGCAUUGAAAUUCAGGAUGAAAACGAAGCACCGUAUAAUUUAACUUUAUCAACGACAUCACUAUAUGAAAAUGCUACCGCCGGUUCAUUAAUCGCGACGAUCAGUGCCUUUGAUGAUGAUGUGAACCAAACAUUGACAUAUUCAACAUCAAAUCCGCUUUUUACAAUAAGAAACAAUGAAUUAAUUUUAAAUAAAGCAUUAGAGUAUAAUCUACGACAAACAAUACCGGUUUAUAUUCGAGCGACUGAUGAUGGGCAACCCCCAACAUUCACAGAGAAACUAUUUUUGGUCAAUGUUGUUCCGAUAAAUCGACCAUUGGUGAAUGUCACAUCAACUCCAAUGAUUUAUUAUAUAUCGAAUAAUACAAAUCUAACACAGACGAUUCUUGGACAAAUACUUGUUGUUGAUCCAGAUGAAAAUGAAUCCUUUGAUAUAACAUUCGAUAAAGCGAAUUUUCAAGCAGCAACAUCAGCAACAAAUCCUUAUUCAUUGAUUCUAGACGAUGGAUCUCUUGUCUAUGCACAAUUGUAUAACAUCACUGUUAUGGAUAUGGAACCACCAAAUGGUCAAGUAAAUUCAACAUUAUCCACGGAUGUUACUGCAACAAUUCGCGAUUCUGCAAAUCAUAUGGUAACAUACGCAUUCACCGUACAAUACGUACUUAAAGCAACUCAAGAUUUAACAACAACAACCCCCUUACCUCCAAUAACUACAACUGUUCCAUCAUUAUCUCAAAUAAUGCAUGUUCGUAUCUACGAAACCACUCUAUCAGGUACACCAAUCGUUCGCAGUAUCCUAAAUUCUACAACUACAAAUCACACACCAAUCUGCACAGUAACUGAUGAGAAUAACAUUCAAUUUCCUAUAAAUGCAAGUCAAACAUCAAUUAUCAUAUAUCUUCCGGAGAAUUACACACUCAAUUCGACCAACAAGUCGAAUAUAUUUCUUGAUGUUCAAUGUGUUUUAUCGAAUGGUGCAGAUAUUGAUGAAGGUAUUGUUAUCGAUGUUUUACCGGCUCCACCCACUGUACAAAUCAAGUUUAAUCAAACACAUACGUUUUAUGCAACCAACAACAUCAACAAUCAAACGAUUCUUGGACAAUUUUAUCCGACUGAAUUAACUACGACACCAACAAAUCGAACAUUUAAUCUUUCAUUGACCAAUUAUCAAGAUAUUUUCCAACUUUUACCUAACGAUAGUCUCAUUCAAAUCGGUCCAUAUCCAACAAAUAUCGUCGAAUCGUCUUCUCCAACUAUCAACUUAACAAUUCAAGCCACGGAAACAACUCCCAACGAGCCUAUUCGUAUCAUUCAAAACACAUUCACCAUUCCAAUUAUUCUCAAUUUAACAAUACCAGUAAUCACCUUCAAUCGAACAACAAUACCAUUUAAUAUUAAUCCAAAUACAACAAUUGGAUUAUUCACCAUUUACAACAUUUCAACAGCGUAUCGUUUGCAUUUACUCGAUUCUUAUAACGAUAGUUUGGAAUUAGAUUCUGACACCAAAUUAUUAACCAUAAAACAAACAUUAGAUCAUUUUCCAUUGGAAAAUAAUCGUACUCAACUAUUCAUUAAAGUGGCGUUAGUUGAUUCCACAAAUGAAACGAUUCUCUCAUCCACAUUUUCUUUAACAAUAACAAAUUCAUCUGGAAUUGAUUCAUGUGAAAACAAAGAUUGUGGUUAUGGAACAUGUAUUACUAUAAAUCAAACUUUGUCGUAUUGUUUAUGUACAAGUGGUUACACAGGUCUUGAUUGUCGAACAGUUGAUUCGUGUGCUUAUAAUCCUUGUUUAAACAAUGGCAUUUGUCAUCAACUAUCGACACAAGGUGAUUUUUCAUGCACAUGUUUACCGAAUCAUUCAGGUUCACUUUGUGAAAUCAAUAUAAAUGUUUGUGAAUUGAACUCAAGUCUUUGUUUAUCAACAGAAAUCUGCAUACCAAUUAACAAUAAUCUCACAAAUUUUUAUCGAUGUGUACCUCGGGAUGAAUUAUUAUAUUUUGUGUUUGAUUAUUUGAAUAAUCCCGAUGCAUUCGAUGCGAUCAAUGUAGACAAUUUAACAACGAAGAUUAAAGAAUUUUUUCAAUUACGUGCUACCGGAAUCGAAAAUAUUAUGAUCCUGGAAAGACAAAUACUUGGACCAUUAAAAUACAAUCGAGCAGAAUUGAUUUCUAUUUUAUUGAAAAAUUCUAAUGAGAAUUAUACAAUAUUAAGCGAAGUUUUGGAUGAACUAUGUGCAAAUCUAUCAGUAAAUCUUCAUGUCUUCGAGCGUGAAUUGUGUAUUGGUUAUCAACAAGCGAGUCGUCUGAUGAGUCGCUUCAAAUCUUUACCCGAUUUGUGUCCGAAUUGCACUUUUACUGAUGCAGCAAAUGAAUACUAUUGGUUUGACAAAACACUUCCGUUUUUACCUUUGUGGAUUACGUUGAUCGUUGGAUCGAUUUUAAUGGGAAUGCUUUCGUUGAUUCCGUUGGAUUUGGAUGCUCCGAGUAAAGUUGCAUUACCAUUAAUGAAAGCGCGAGUUUAUCCUGAACAAGAAGAAAAUGUUGAUGAAGAAAAUUCAGUAUCGAAAGACUCCGUUCGGUUAGCAGGAAAAUUUAGUCGCGAAAGAAAUGAUUCUGGUUAUGAGAGUAAUGAGGAGAAUGAAACUUAUCUCGAUGAAAUCAUUACCAAUCAUCAACGCAAUUCCACUUUUCACGUUUAUCCGGUCAUACACGGACCUCGUUCACCAGCUCUUACUCGUCGUGGAACAACGAUUGAUGAUUUACUUUCCUCCCAAGUAACUUCUCGCUCACGAUCAAUAAGUUCGGGAAGUCUUCCUCGUCAACAAAUUCAACGUUCAAUUUCCAUGUCUUCACAUCCCAUCGAUCGUCCAUCAUCCACACGAAGCAGUCAAACAUUAAAGCCAAUCAUUCAACGUCGCUCACUAAUAGAUGAUUCAAGCAUUGGAACGUUAAUCGGCUUACUUGGAACACCAAGACUAAAUCCAACAGAUGAAACAUAUGUUUCAACAACAUUUCGAAAUGAAAACACUUCGAAAUUUGUCAUCGGAACAUUGUGGAAUACAUUUGCAUUAGUUAAUAAUCUUUUCCUACAACGGCCACGUAAACGACGAAAUGCUUUAUCUGGAAAUUUCAACAUCCAUGCUGACGAAUUAGCACGUUUAGAAGCUUUAUAUUCACUUGCUGAACGUGAACAAGCCAAUCAGUUUUCCAUAACACAUCUUCAGUCAAUAAUCGGUGACGCUUUACAAACAUCGGAUACCCAACGCACCAGACAUUUACAAGCGAUUCUUUUCGAUAUAUUAUCAUCAAAAAAGGAAAAUCCUUGUAACUGUUAUGGAAAUCAUCACGUUCCUUCGUGUGUUUAUUAUGAUCAUUCAUUACCUUAUCUUCGAAAUUCUCAGGAACAAACUUCAUCUUUGGAAAAUAUUCUCCGUGAUAUUCACAAAUCCAACAAACCACGUCGGCAGGAUGCAGCAACGCAAUCGCUUCUCGACAAACCACGUCAAUCUUUUACACAAUUAAAAACAACCACGAAUGUUUCAACACAAUCGAGUCCAAUGGUAACAAUGAAACAAAUUCAUUAUCAUGUUUCAACUCAAUAUAGUCCAAACAAACACCAAAACAAUUUCAAUGCUUCGACUCAAACUAAAAACAAUGAUUUUCUGGAUGUUUCGACACAAUUUAGUCCAAGAGAAUCGGAUCAGAUCGAACCGAUUUAUGUCAAUGUUUCAAAAUCUCUUCAUCCAACAGAAACGAAGAAAACACGGCCUAAUCCGAUUCCUAAUCACCAAAAUGAUCUUCUCAGUGAAUUGAAAGAAGUUUUUUCCUCGCCAACGAAUCCCGAACUGAAUUCCAAUCAUUCCGUUCGAAGUCUUGUUUCGAUCUUCGAAGCAAAUAGAUCUCAAAAACCUUUUCCAUCAAAAUCCAUCUCAACAACGAAUGUGAAAAUCGAACAAUACGCAAAUGAAGUGGCUUCGAAUAUUGUAGAAAAUGCGGUUGAGGCAGCAACAAUCACUCUCACGAAUAUCAAUGAUCAUCAAUCCCAACGACGCUUUUCAGUCUAUAAAAAUGCGGGUGAACACGGAAAAAGUUUACUAUUUCAAUCGAAUACAUUCGUUCCACCAAUCGAGAAUCCAAAAGAAAAGUUCGAUGAAACUUCUCGGGCUUCAAUUCAACCGCCGAGUGUUUUUAUAACUCCUCCUCAAUCUCAACAUACAUUAAUCGUCGGUCAACAUAUCAAUGGCGAUGAUUCGAAAGCUCAUUUCGAUAUGCACUAUGAUUCAAGUUCAUUGUCAUCUUUAGAUGAUGAACAAGUCAAUCCGCAACAGUUCCUUUCUAAUAGUCAACUUUUUUCCGCUCAAGAACUAUACAUUCGCCCAUGGCUGGUUCGACGGGCAACCGCACCGCAUAUUCACUGUCUCGAUAACGAUAUUAACGAUACACAUAUCGAAACAAAUCAUUCGUCUUUGAAUGAAACGAAUUUUAAUGUUUUUCCCAAACAUUCUAAUAUGGAUUUGUAUACGCGAUAUUCAUGUUUAAUUACGAUUUUACUUUAUCUUCGUGAUGUUUAUGAUCAAUAUUCAAAUGAAAUUUUAUACAAUGAUCUCAAUCAAAUCGAACAACAGUUUCAAAGUCCAACAUUUCUAUGUCCAACAAUACAAUCGAAUACAUUCGAAACGAUUAAUCCUGAUGGAAGUAAACGAUAUCGAACAGGAUUUGUUGUAGACGUCAAUUCAAUUGACUCGCCAAUGAUACGACCGAAAAUUCUUUCGAAUCAAGUCGAUUGGAGACGCGUAAAAGUCGUUACACGACGUUUCAGAAAGAAAUAUCAACAUUAUAAACAAUUAAUAAAAAAUGAUCAACUCAAUAAGUCGAACAAUCCCUCGACUAUUGAUCAUUAUCUAAAAGCAUUCGAUUCUACUUCGAGACGUCGCAUGAAAAAAUACGCUAAACAUUAUGCUGAAAAAUUAUAA